AUGUCGUAUUUAGGUAAUUUGCCUGUUUUCGAUCACAAAACAAGUGAAUGGUCAAUAUUUUAUGGGAAAUUAACACAGUUCCUAAGGAUAAAUAAUGUGACAAAAGAAGAAAUUAAGAGUGGUAUCCUGCUUACUCAUCUCACCGAUGAAACCUACCGCUUAGUACGUAACUUAGCGUACCCUAACACGGUGGAAUCGUUAACUUACAACGAGCUAGUUCAAAUACUCAACAGCCAUUUCAAACCAAAGCAGUGCUCCUUCGUAGAUAAGGCCAACUUUUUCGGAGCGACUAGAAGUCCAGGAGAAUCACUGGGAGACUGGGCGGCGCGAUUAAGAGGACUAGCAAGCCAUUGCGAAUUCGGCAACGCCCUGGAAACGAAUCUGAGAGAUCGUUUUGUCCUAGGCCUGGGCUCUGGCCCGGAACGUGACAAGCUGUUCGAGCAGAACCCGACAACACUUACGCUAACUAAGGCGAUUGAAAUAGGGGAACAAGCUGCUUGCGCAAGAGAGGUAAAGGUGAUGCUGAAUACGAGCGAUUUUGGGGUCAUCAAGGAAGAACCUGUGUAUCGUGCAAAAUUUCACCAGUUCGCUCGGGGAAGCGGAGGUGACGGCAGUGGCAAUGACAGUGUCGGCGCUAGGACAUCGCGACGCGAAACUGGCUCCUGUUCAGUUUGUGGUAUGAAAAAUCAUUACAGUGAUAAAUGCCGGUACAAAAGCUAUAAGUGUCAAAAGUGCGGUAUAAAAGGGCAUUUAAAGAAAGUUUGUGCUAAAAAUAAAAAUAACUCGUGUGCUUAUCACAUUCAAUCUGAACAGGAAUGCGGCGCUAAUGAGGCCAAGGACACAGGUUGCGUAGAAUGCCAGAACUUUAACUUAAGGUACGUUGAUGAUAAACCAAUUGAAAUAAAUUUAAUUUUGGACAAUCACAACUUAACAAUGGAACUAGAUUCAGGCUCGAGCAGCUGUGUAAUUUCUGGAAAACUGUAUGCUGAAAAGUUUUCCGAUUAUCAUUUGAAUAACAGCAAUAUAAAAAUGUGUCUGUAUAAUGGGCAUAAAAUCUCUCCACUUGGAUAUUUCUGGGUUGAAGCUUGUUAUAAUAAAGUUAAACACAAAAUAAAAAUUUAUGUUGUUAAAAAUGGGGGUCCUCCCCUGCUGGGUAGAGAUUUUAUGUCCGCGUUUAAUUUAAUUAUAACAACUAACAUAAUGUCUAUGUGUAUUGAUAAGAAUGUAAACAAUGUAUUGCAAAAGUUCCCUAACUUGUGGCAGGAUGAGUUAGGUUCGUUCAAUAAAUUUAAAGUAUGUUUACGUUUAAAGGAAAAUGCAAAACCUAAGUUUUUCAAGCCACGAACCGUACCCUUUGCCCUUAGGGAUAAAGUCGAAGAAGAGUUGAACCGUUUAGUGACCUUAGGUAUUUUAGUUCCAAUUGACCAAUCAGAGUAUGCCACGCCUAUUGUACCUGUUUUGAAGGAAAACAAUAAAAUAAAAAUAGCAGGAGAUUUCUCGGUCACGCUGAAUAAAGAUCUUUUGAUUGAAAGAUACCCCCUACCUCGAAUCGAAGAGGUAUUUGCUAAAAUUGGGGGUGGCGAACGAUACAGUAAAAUUGAUCUUAAGAAUGCUUAUAAUCAAUUUGUUUUAGAUGAGCCAUCACAAUUACUUACAACAAUAAAUACCCAUAAAGGGUUAUUUAAAUAUACAAGAUUAGUGUAUGGCUUAUCUAAUGCACCUGCAAUCUUUCAAAAGGCUAUGGAGACACUUCUCUCUGGCAUAGAUGGAGUCAGCGUAUGGCUCGAUGAUAUAUGUAUAACUGGCCCCAAUAGUGAUUCCCACAUUAAAAGAUUAGAAGAAGUAUUAAGUCGGUUAAGUGACGCCGGGUUGCGAUUACAGAGAGACAAGUGUGAUUUCUUUAAGGAUAGUGUAAAAUAUUUAGGCUAUGUCAUAGAUAAAAACGGCUUAAAGACUGACUCGGAAAAGUUCACGCUAUCAUUAAUGCGCCCGAGCCGACUAACGUAA